AUGGAUCCAGUGAAUCAGUUGAAGCAAGACACUGGAAAUCCCAUGAAAGAUCCAUCCAAAUUUAGAAGGCAGAUUGGGAGGUUGCUUUAUUUGUGCAUCACACGACCUGACAUAACAUUUGCAGUACAUAAACUCAGCCAAUAUGUUUCAAAGCCAUGUGAUGAGCAUUGGGAAACAAGUGAGAAGAUACUCAGAUAUCUAAAAGGAACUCCUGGCCAUGGUUUGUUCUAUUCCAGUGAUAAUAAACCUCCACUUAGAAUUUUUUCAGAUGCAGAUUGGGCCGCAUGCUUAGAUACAAGAAGGUCUAUGACAAGUUAUUGUUUGUUCUUUGGCUCUUCAUCGGUGUCUUGGAAGGCAAAGAAACAACACACCAUAUCUAGAUCGUCAACUGAGGCAGAAUAUAGGGUCAUGGCACAAGCGACAUGUGAGGUGGUCUGGGCUAAAGCUUUAUUGGGAGACUUUGGCAUUACAGUGGAGAAGGUUGCACCCUUGUUCUGUGAUAAUCAAGCAGCGGUUCACAUUAGCUCUAACCCAGUGUUUCAUGAGCGUACGAAGGAUAUUGAAAUUGACUGUCACACUGUGAGGGAAAGAUACUUAGAGGGAGUAAUCAAGCCCUUACAUAUAAGGAAUGAUUUGCAGCUAGCUGAUAUUUUUAUUAAACCUUUGGGAGUUUAUGCUUUUGAGGGCAUUUUGAGCAAGAUGAACUUGCAGAGUCUGUAUUGUCCAUCUUGA